UGCAAUGUGUUUUAAAUUGUCAACCAUGUGAUGAGUGUGUCAGCCAUCCUUAACGCUAUAAUGCUUGCAGUCGGAAGCACAGUUAGUACAUAAUGAUAUUCAAAUGCCCCAUGACAGAAAGAGGAAAAAGAAAACCCUCAGGAGUUGAGUAUUGUAAACGGAAGGCUGAGAAGGAAAAGAACAAAGCAAAACAGCAGCAGAGAAAUAUCUUCUCUUUAAUCCAAAUAAAGAUGAAAGCAGUUCAUAGCAUCCAGAUGAAGGAAUUUUACUUGGAGAGGAGGUUAGCUCACAUCUGCAUGGAAGCAGUCUGGAACAUCAAGAUGAAGAUAUAUUACUUCGAGGUGAGGGUAGCCCACAUCCACAAAACAAGCAGUUUGGAAACUCGAUGAUGGAAACUUACUUCUAGAUGAAGGCAGCUCACAGCAUCAGAAUGAUAUGGAAGUGGAGAAAAUGUAUUCACCUUCAGAGACACAUGCAGAAAUUGAAGUAAAUGAAGUAAAAGGAAGAAAGGAUGAAGAAGUUUCAAACAAGUUACAGCUUCAUGGCACAGAUGUGAUGAAAUAUGUGGCAAAAUCUUGUGGAACAUGGACCCAAACAAGUUUAUUAAUUUCCCUUCCCUUAGGAUGGAAAUAGAAGGAAAUUCUCUGCUCUGCAUUGCAAGAGGAAACUCAUUAAUGGGAAAGAAAUUCAUCAAAAUUGGUUACAAUAUUAAGUGUCAAAGGACUCUGUGUUUUGCUUUUGCUGCAAGUUGUUUAGAAAUUAAGCAACUGAUACAUCACUUACUGAAAAUGGUUCAAAGGACUGGAAAAACAUCUCUUCAAUUCUCUCUUCAUGUGAAAGCAGUACAGAACAUUUGGAAUGUUUUCAGGAUGGGAAAGAACUUGAAUUACAAUAAAAAAAGGAAAAACUACUGAUGAAGAAAAUUUAAGUAUGAUCAAGGAAAAAGAAGAAUAUUGGCAACAAAUAUUAGAGCUUUAGUGAGAGUUCUCGCUGGGCAAAAUUUAGCAUUCCGCCGCCAUGGUAGAAAUGAAAAAUUAUAGACACCAGGUAAUGGAAACUUUUAAAAAUUCGUUGAAUAUCUAGCUUUGUUCGAUCCAGUCAUGAAGGAGCAGCUACCUAAAAUAACUGAUCACGAAACACAGGUUCAUUUCUCUGGAAAAAACAUGCAGAAUGAACUGUUUAAAUCCUAGCAAGUGCCAUUAAAAAGAAAAUUGUAGAAGCUGCCCAUUCUGCAAAAUACUUUUCAAUAGCACUGCAGGUGCCUGGGGCCGAGCCCCGUCCUGUGUUUUCCAGGCAGAUAUUUAAAACUCCAGUCCCCCAAAGCAGGUAGCAACAGGGCUGGUGCUCUCGUCCGCCUGGCGCUGGGGAGAAUGACUCAGGCGGAGGCACUUUCCGGUCUGCAGGGAGAGGAGCGGAGUCAGGCUGGGGCAGGCAGCUCCGGACUGCAGCAGUCGGCAGAGCUCGGAGCGGUGCAGCGCCGCAAUGCGCCCUGCGGGCUGGCUGCUGGUGGCGCUGUUCUCAGUGGGGAUUGUUUCUGCAUGUCAAUCCACUGGUCUUGCACCAACAGAAGGCAGGGUGGUUGGUGCCGUGGGCUGCACUGUGGUGCUCCCUGGACCAGAUCACAUUGACACCACUGGGUUUGUACGGUGGGAGUAUAAACAAAAUGAAAAUGACACUGAAGUGACUGUCGUACUUUAUUAUGUGGCAUCACGAGAACUGGACAUCUUACCAGAGUAUAAGGAUCGUGUUGUAUUUAGCAUGUCCAACUGGUCCCUGGGACUGAAAUUGCAACUGGCAGAUCGAGGCCUGUACAGAUUAAGGAGACAAGAGGAGGAGAAAAAUGGCAAAUGGAUCCAGCUGGAGGUUAUAGAGCCCUUAUCCAAGCCGAAACUCUUUAGGAACUCUUCCUUGGCGGGCUCCACCAUUGAAAUGGUCUGUAAUGUGACAGUAGGUAGGGUGGAUUCCUAUCAGUGGAGAAAGGACCAUAAGCCUCUCUCUAAGUAUGGUCACUACCAGCUCUCUCGGAAUAACAGUGUACUUCUCAUACUGAACGCAACACAGGCUGAUAGUGGCAGUUACUCAUGCAAAGUUACCAACGAAGUUAGUGAGAAUGAAACCUCUCUGGAAUUGAUCAUCAAUGAUUCUUCAGCUGUGGUUUCAAACAGAGUCAUUUUGGGAGUUGCUGUCAUAACUGCUGUCAUUCUAGUAAUAGCAGAUGGGAACUUGUACAGUGAAUAAAAACUCUGCCACGACUUCAUCUGGAUGAACAAUCUCAACUUGCAAAAGACAUAAUGGAACAGAAGGGAAUUAUGUGGUUUUCUUCUGCCCAGUAACAACCACUUCAUAAGGCUUAAGACAGUCAUCAGACCUCGUACAAAUCAGUGUUCUAUGUCAGAAAAUGCAUCUGAAAUCAUCCAUCUUGUGGGGUUUGGUUCUUUGACACGGAGUUGUCGAUUCCCAUCCAUGAACUAUACUAGCCCUCAGAACUAUUUUGGAAAAUGCCUGCCCAGGAAAGGGGAGAGAGUGAGCUGCAAUUGCACAACCGCAUCUGAAAAUUAUAACUUAGCAUUUCAAGUUAUGUAGAAACAUAUUGAAUCUAAAUUUAAACAAACAAACAAGCAACAAAAUGCACAAAACAAUAGACCUAUAAGGUAGAGUGUUUAAAGGACAGGUUGUUUCCUAUAGAGUAGGGAUGUCAAACUCAUAUUGGGGAGGAGGACUAAAGUCUAUUUUUAGUUGUGGUCUAUGAAGCAGGGUAUAAAUACAGAUCUCUAUGCAGUACUUCUCUGGAUCCAUAGUAGGAACUUCCCUGAUGUUAAUAGUUAGUCUGCCUAAAGGACAAAGAUAAAUAUGGCUUUUAGUAAACGCCAGUGCCUUAUUGUUGAAUUCACUCUGUAGAAAAAUGCUAACUUUUCAGACCAUGGCUAUUUUGCCUGUUUCUCCUCCUUUCCCUGUCUUUAUGGCUGGUUUACAUGGGGAAAAAUUGACCAGAAUAACAUGAGGGGGAAAGGAGACCAGGAGAACUGGCUGUAUUUUAAAGAAUCCUUAUUAAUGUUACAGGAAUAAACCACCCUGAUGUGUAGAAAGAAUAGUCAAUAUGGUAGGCAGCCAGCUUGGCUUAACAGUGAAAUCCUUGCUGAUCUUAAAUACGAAAAAGAAGCUUACAAGAAGUGGAAGAUUGGACAAAUGACCAGGGAGAAGUAUAAAAAUAUUGCUCAGGCAUGCAGGAAUGAAAUCAGGAAGGCCAAAUCACACUUGGAGUUGCAGCUAGCAAGAGAUGUUAAGAGUAACAAGAAGGGUUUCUUCAGGUAUGUCA